GGUUGAAGAAAAAAAAUGAGACAUUAACUAGAAGUACGAGUUUGACGCCAUGGCUAGCGACAAAACCUUGCGAGUGGAUAACGAAGUUCACGAACUGAAAUUUGGAUCAAGUUUUGAUCCCAGAUGUAAAGAAGCAUUUCACUCGAUAAGGUAUGAUUUUAAGCCAGCCUCUGUAGAUACAUCAAGGGACUCCUUACUAGAGGUGGGAGAAGGACACCAGGUCUCUAUUACUGUACCACAUGUGGAGGGAUCUGGUACAACACACACCGUGUACAAUGGUAACAAACGUGAAUGUCCGAAAGAAUGUGUUCUCAUUAUCGACCACAGUACUGGCACAUUUACCCUGGAGAGACUUACAAAUAAUAUACAACUCAAGAAAACAAGAAUUGAAGGAAGUAGCAAAGCCUCUUUGGCAGGACGACCUUUGACCCCUGUUGAUGUCCUUAGCAGCAAACAGAAAGUGUCACCCAUGAAACCAAAAGUGACAGCGCCCACCCUGAUCAGUCCCUCAACAAAUACAGAAUCACUAUCUGUAACUCCAAUGCAGACAGAGGAGGUCAAAGAUAUGUUGAUCGGGGAAAUAAGUGAUAGCAGUGAUGACAGUGAUUCUGACAGCUCUAGUGACGAGGCCAGCAGAGGAACAGCCAAGAAAGCAGGUACAAGCAGUGUGCCACUUCCCAGUCUGAUGUCCUCCACUGGCAGUAUGAAGUCUUCUUACGGCUCACUAUUGAGAACAGAUCUCCAGUUAAGUGACUCCAGUAGCAGCGACAGUGAUUGAUAAUUUAAUUAGAAUAAAGCAUGUAAUUUCUGUUCCUCUGUGAUACAAUAAAAUACUUGUUCCAUUCCCCUUUGAUAUACUACAAUACAUGUAUUGCAGUGUAUUGUAGAGUAGCAGAAUUACAUGUCUAAUUUUAAUUAGCUUGCCGUGAUUGAUUAUCAGUAUUUCCCGAGCCUGUGUUCCAUAUAAUUGACUUUGUGUAUUUUACAUGUUCAGCCUUUCUGGGGAAACUUUGAAUUAUUCACUAUGUGAAAUGUGAUGCCUGAAUGUGUUCUCUACUUAUUAUUAGCUGUACUGUGAUUUGAUGAGAAUGUUUCAUGUGUAUGUACAUACAGUAUAUUGGGUUUAAUAUCGCCUGCAUGAAUGGUGUUUUGUGUGAAAACUAGAAUGUCAAAGUGUAAAGGAAUUGAGGACAUUAAUCAUUUCUUAAUAAAGAUUUGCCAGUUCAAUAUUAACCCUGCAGGUUUAUGGAGAGAAUUGCAAAACUUAAACUCUGGUGAAAAAAACUACUGAUUACUGAAUAUCAUAACUGUUACAAACAUUUUAUACGAUAUGAGACUACACACAGAACAUACUGUUAUAAAAAACAAUCAUUUUAGGUUUGUACCUUGUUACUACUUGAUGUUUUAACU